AUGAAGCUGAUUAGCAGGUGUGUGUUCAAGCGAUUGAACCAUAACAGCAGUUUGCGGGCCUAUAUAGCUGCAAACAGUCGAAUUGCUGGGUCCACACUGUUCCAAGGCACGCUUUAUGAGCACACGGUGGUUCGAGAACUAGAAGAGAAACUUUUGAUGGAGAAACUGAAAGUAUGUGGUGGAGCGUUUGAUAAAGGGGUUGACAUUCGAGGUAAAUGGCCGAUUGAGCGGAUUUUCGAAGCAUUUAAUCAAUGUUUGGACGAAACCGAUGACCAUGGAAGUAAAAGAGUGACGGUUAAUGGAACAAAUUUUAAACCAUUACGUUAUAAAAUUGAUAAUUCGACGUUUAAGCCAUUGAACAUUCUAGUACAAUGCAAAGGUUUCAAACAUUCCAAGAUUACAAGCAAAGAAAUUCGAGAGUCUGUCGGAGCGUUUUUGUUGAAUGUCAGAGACGUUAAACGUAAUGCAACGAUAUUCUUCGUGGCGUCACCUAACCUGUUGACGCGUGAUGGUCUCAUGGCGAUGAACAGUCUUGCCAUUCCGAUGAUCUAUAUUCGGGUAGGAAUGCUGAAAAGUCAUCAAGGCGGGUACGAUCUCGAGAACACGGGGAAACUCUCAAAUUACUACGAAAAUGAGUUUGCAGUUAAGCUCCUGGAAGGUUUUGGUAUCGACGUUUGGCUCAAGACGCAAUCCUACAAGAGGGCGCAGCAUUAG